CUGAAAGGAAAUGACGUAAUUUGUACAAUUGCAUGCUUUUUGGAUGUAACCGCGGUUUGCUCAGGGUACACUGGUGAUCUAUUUUGAGAUAAAUGAUCAUCUAACCCAUUCUUAUAUAAAGUAACCUUUGUGGUGUCCGAGAGUGUGUGGACAUCUGCGAUUCAAUGGCGGGUCCAGUAAUGCAACAGCCCAGUUACUUACUGGCCAAUUUGAAAGCUGACUGGACCACAAAGCCUUUAUUACAGCGUUGCCAAGAACUGGUGAAGGUGAUAAAUGAUUACCCUGCAAAGGAGCUGCAUCUCAUCUUCCCAUGGUUGGUGGAGAGCAUCUUUGGCAGCUUAGAUGGUGUCAUUGCUGGCUGGAAUCUGCGUUUUCUGCUGAGCCGCACCAAUGAAUAUGGGAUUAUCAUGGAAUUUCUGGAACCCAACGGCCCAAUGAUGAAACUGGUGUACAAACUGCAAGCAGAGGAGUACAAGUAUGAAAUGCCUAUCAAUUAUCUGCCAGGCCCUGUAAAAGCAUCUAUUCAAGAAGGCGUCCUCCCAGACAGCCCUCUCUUUCAUAACAAGCUCCAGUUCCCCAUGUCUGGCCUGCUGACACUCAGUAUGUCUCUCAAUCCUUUUGAAUACUACAUGUUCAAUUUUGCCUCAAGUUUACUUGCACCAAAGACGUAUCUUUCAACGAAUGGCACCCCCACAGACAAUGCAUACUUUGUGCUGGUGGACACCUACCUCAAAUACUUCCUUCCCACAGAGGGCAAUGUGCCACCAUCACCGUUCUCAGAUACAAGAGGCACUGUGUCGCCUCCUGCGCCAAGGUCACCCAGUGUGCCAUUUGUCGGAUAUGGGGCACACAGCACUAGCCUUCUGAAACGGCACAUUUCCCAUCAGCCUUCAGUCAAUGCUGACCCUGCCGCCCAGGAAAUAUGGCGGUCAGAGACGCUUCUACAGGUGUUUGUAGAGCUUUGGUUGCACCACUACUCUCUUGAAAUGUAUCAGAAGCUGCAGUCUCCACAGGUGAAGUUGGCGUUGCUGCAGUAUCGCCUCAGUAUGUCCAGCAUGCUGUGCCAACCCCCUGCCCCGCCAGGCCCUGGGAGCCGCCACACCUACCAAGAGCCCUUCAGCCCCACGGAGGAGCACGUGCUGGUGGUGCGGCUGCUGGUCAAACACCUCCACGCCUUUUCCAACAGCCUGAAGCCUGAGCAGAUCUCCUCCUCCCCUUCCACUCACUCCCACGCCAGCCCUCUGGAGGAGUUCAAGAGGGUGGUGGUCCAGCGGUUUGUCCAGCAGAAGCUGUACAUCUUUCUUCAGCACUGCUUUGGCCAUUGGCCUUUGGAUGCCUCCUUCAGAGCGGUAUUAGAGACGUGGCUGAGCUACAUCCAGCCCUGGAGAUACACAGGAGAGAAGAACCAGCCAGCGGAUGGGCAGAUCAGAAGUGUUCCAGACAAGUGGGCUUCCUUCGUGCAAGAGAAUCUGCUGAUGUACACCAAGCUCUUCCAGGGCUUUCUGAACCGAGCAGUACGUACAGACCUGGUCAUCCCCAAGAAUGCUCAGAUGGUCUUCAGGGUGGCCAAAGUUUUCUCUCAGCCAAACUUGGCAGACAUGAUCCAAAAAGCUGAGCAGCUGUUCCUGGAGCCAGAGCUGCUCCACCACCGGCAACACCGGGUCUUCCUCACGCCGUCGCACGGUGGCAGCUUCCUGUCGUCCCGCCAGCCCGUCACCACCGACGCCGUCUUCAAGGUGAAGAGUCACGUGUACAGCCUGGAGGGCCAGGACUGCCAGUACAAGCAGAUGUUUGGCAACGAGUUACGGGGCACGGUGCUUAAGCUGGUCCAGAUCAUCGCUCAAGCUCGGCAAACGGCCAAGAGAAUAUCAGAUCACUCAGCCGAGGUGGCUGCCAACAACUCGUUCAUGUCCUGGUUUGGCAUGGGCUCAUCUGAGCUCAACAACUCACUUGGUGGGAGCGCGUUGGAUGACAUGGGUGGCGAGUGCAUCAAGAAGACCCAUGAAUUCCUGGACAAGGCACUGGACUCCCUGUGCCAAAUCUUCAGACUGAAUGCCGGGCAGCUGACGCAGGUAAUGGCCAAUGUGGCUUCAACAGAAGAUGACAUGGGGUCAAAACAGAUACCUGACUGCAUUCUAGGAGAGAAUGGACCCAUACUGACAGACACUGGCAGGAUGCAGAUAAUCAACGGUCUCCGCAGAUUUGACAUUGAAUACCAUGGGGAUCCAGAACUUCAGCCAAUCAGGAGCUUUGAAAAUGCCUUUCUUGUACGCGUCCUCUACCAGGUGUCCUCUUUUAUAAACAAUAGGUUUGGCGACCACAUGGCAGCGUUGUGCUCGCGGCCCGAUUUCCUGGGCUGUGUCGGACGUCACUACCUGACCAGCGCCCCAGUCUCACGCCGCAGCCCAACAACGCGGCGUAGCCUGGAGCGCCACACGCGGCCGCGGCUCAGCUUGCGCGGACUGGGAAGCUACCGCACACUGCUCUCGGCCCUGCUCCUCUAUCUGCUGGCUGCCCUGUUCGCCUUCGGCCCACUCUCCAGCACAGCCCUCAUCCUCGUGGUUGGCCUGAUCUAUGAACUGCUCACUCAUCUGCUGGGGCAGAAACUGAAGUCCCAAUAAACGGCAAAGUGUUUUUUUGUAUGUAAAUAGAGUUUGAGACAUUAACUGGACUGCCAUACACUGCACUACCGUGAGUGUCAGGGUCUAGACCAGUAUGAGAAUCUAGAGUUGUAAUUUAUUGGGCUGGGAUUUAGAUCUACCAGAGGGAUAAUGUGAGAUGUACCGAAACUUUGGUAUUGUACAGUUUAUUUUAGUUAAAAGGAAAGUCAGUGAAGGCCUUUAUAAACCACCUCUUAUAAUAAAACCAAAUAAGUAGUUCUGGUCAGUUAGUUUUUUAAUCAAGUAAAGAGUGUAAAUCAGUUUUGCACAAAGGAGCUCAUGGCUAAUUGAUGUAAAUUUAAGUCCCAGUAUCAGUUCUAGUUGCAUUUGUUGCUAUAUUCUGAAGCCUUGAUGUUGACUGCCAAAAUUUGCACUCUUGAUUUUUAUAAACAAAGUGAAAGAACGUUUUGUGAA